AAGGGAAGGGAAGGCUGGGCGGGGAGGCGGCCCGGGGACCGCGGGCCGGGCGCGGGCGGCCCUCAGCAGCGAGCUCCCCUCAGCCAGCGAGCGCGGAGCAGCCUCGGAGAGGCGCUGAGCCGCUGCGGGGAUGAAGGACCGGCUGGCCGACCUGGCAGAGUGUAAAGGAAAUGAAGAUGGGGAGACAGUUAUUGUUGAAAAAGACCAUUUUAUGGAUGACUUUUUCCAACAGGUUGAGGAACUUAGAAAUAAUAUAGCAAAAAUAGCACAAAAUGUGGAAGAAGUGAAGAAGCAGCAUAGCAUUAUCCUGUCAGCACCAAAUCCUGAAGGAAGAACAAAGGAAGAACUUGAAGAAUUAAAUGAGGAAAUAAAGAAGAUUGCUAAUAAAAUCCGAGCCAGAUUAAAGGCUAUUGAACAAAGUUUUGAUCAGGGUGAAAAUGCUAAUCGGACAUCAGUGGACCUCAGGAUAAGAAAAACACAGCACUCUGUAUUAGCUCACAAGUUUGUGGAGGUCAUGACGGAAUACAACGAGACCCAAACUCUUUUCCGAGAACGCAGCAAAGGUCGGAUACAGAGACAAUUAGAGAUAACUGGAAAGACCACCACUGAUGAGGAACUGGAGGAAAUGUUAGAGAGUGGUAAUCCUUCAAUUUUCACUUCUGAUAUUAUAUCAGACUCGCAAAUAACUAGGCAAGCUCUGAAUGAAAUUGAGUCCCGUCACAAGGAUAUUAUGAAGCUGGAAUCUAGCAUACGGGAACUACAUGAAAUGUUUAUGGACAUGGCAAUGUUUGUUGAGACUCAGGGUGAAAUGAUCAACAACAUAGAAAAGAACGUGAUGAAUGCAUCAGAUUAUGUGGAACAUGCAAAAGAAGAGACAAAAAAGGCAGUUAAAUAUCAAAGUAAAGCACGAAGGAAAAUGUGGAUAAUAAUCAUUGUGUCAUUGGUGGUGAUUGCCAUAAUUGAAAUUGAUGUUCAUAAUUAUAUGUGUAACUGUAUUGCUUCUGAUACUUGGAAUUAUCCUAGCAACAACACUAUCGUAGCAAGCACAUUCCAAGAGUUAGAAACCUUCAGAAACUCCAAAAUACAUCUUCAGUAAAACCAAACCUUUUUUAAAUAAAGGAUGCCUUACACUGUUCCGUGAUGAUGACCUGUCACUAAUGGUUAAAAAUGAAAACAAAAUCACUCUUAAUGUUUACUCAUAAAUUAAGAUCGGAAUGUAUUAGGAUACGUAUGGAUUUGCAUCAUAAACUAUACAUUUGUAAGACUGAAACUUGCUCUUAAUUGUUUUGAACUAAAGUAAUGUAGGAUUUCUCGUAUCUCAGUGUUACAAACAGUUAAAUACGGAGUUGAGAGACUAUUGAGUUUUGACUGUUUGGCUUAUUUUCCUAUUGCUAAUAUAAUGCUAAUCACGAAUUGUAGUACUCUACCAGCGCUGCUUUGGUUAGCGCAUUUUUAUGAGAUGUAGCCUUGUCUUUAAGCGUAUGUCACCUUAACCUAUCUAAGCUUUAUACUUUAAAAUUUUUUUCCCAAGAAGUGCUAAAAUAUUUUAUCCUGAAAAGACUACUUAUUUAACUGCCUAUUGCAUUACACUUGAGAGGAAGAAGAAAAAAGCUUUUUUUUUUUUAAUAUUUUCUAGGGUUUGUUUUUUUUUCAAUGUGACUAAGGUUAAUGCUUUAAAUAUUUCCUUGCCUUUAUAAUAAAAAGUUAGUUGCAGCAUUUCUGGUAAAAGAAUGCAGUGAUGAAGUACACUGAAUAUGGACUUGAGCAGAUAAUUUUACAAAUAACCCGUGUGCAAAGGAGACCGAUGGACACGUUUAGCCUUACUGUUCACAUGAAUGUGGUGAAAGCCACACCUUUUCUCAAGAUUUCUUAUUCAGAAGCUUGCUAAUAUUGGUGUAUGAAUGUAGCACAUGGGGAGAAACUCCCUCAGAAAAGCCUGAACCGUAACACACACUAAGACACUGAUUUGUUAGACGUAUGUGCAAUAUAACAUAUAUGAAGUGUUUUAGUAUACGCGUACCUGUUGUACUGCUAGCUUGUGGGGCUUGUAAGCUCGAGAGACUUCAAAUGUAACCAAAUAACUGCUUUUAAUGUUACAGGUUAUUUUUGUAUUUAGUGUGUAAAAUACAUGUAACUUGAAUUUUUGACUUCUCGUUGUUUAAGGAAAUCCUUGUAGAUAUGUAGAUAUAUUUACAAUGCAAGACAGUUAGAGGAAAGUAUAACGUGUGCCUUUUUAAACACAGUCUAAAACUACACUUGUCAAUGUUUCCAGAUAUUCAACUGUAAUGUGACUGUAAUAACUCGGUCCUAAACAGUGGAAUUGUUACACUUAUGUUUUGUUAAAGGCAUCUGAGAUCAAAGUUGCUCAGUAAACUGUAAUUCAGUCUGACUUAAUGAAAUUCAGCAAAGUUUACAAUUUUUAUUGUGUGUAUGACUAUUCCUGCUUUGCUCCCCGAACGUCCUGUGAAUGUGCUGGAGCUAUUCAGAUGGCAAACACUUUUAAACAAGAAAAAAAACGUUAUUGGUCCUUUUGCGAGCCAGCCGUAAAGAAGUCGCUCAAAGUUUCGGCUUCAUUAACGAACAAAUUUCUUUACCUCUAAGUCCAGAACACUCACUGAUGUUUGUGAGGAAGUUUACAUGCAAAGCAAGGAAAGAUUGGUUGCCUUAGUACUCGUUUUAGGUAAAAUAGAUUUUUAUUCUAUGGUUUUCUAGAUUUUUAUCAGUAAAUAUUAUUUAUACAGAUACACAAAUUACAUUGGGGGGAAAACCAGUUCUGCUGUUUCAGAGCUGGUUACCUAAAAUGACCCCCAAAAUCCCGUCAUGUCGAAUUUUUUUAUUUAUAAUGCAAUAAUUUGCCCAUCAAGACCAGAAAAUUGAAUAGGCCACUCCGUACUUUUUACUUGUUAUAGCUGCCUCGGUGGGUUUGUUUUAAAACAAAACCAAACCUGUUUUUCACAUGAACCCCUUGUUCUGUUAAUGUUGGAGGGGAGUAAAUACCUUAACCUAUGCACUAAUAAAUUCAUCUAAGCAAGUA